AUGUCUCGAGCAUUUGUAGGUAAUUUUACACGACAUGUCAGAACACUCACAAGCCAUCAAUUACCAUUAAGAACAAUUAGACAUCGUUCUUAUCCAUCGGCAGAUGAAGCGGAUAUAGGUAAGAUCAAUGUUGCUCUAAAUCUUUUAUACCCAGGAAUUGGUGAUAAGAAAUAUGAAUCAACAACACUUAAAGUAUUACUGAGAUUUCCCAAACAAGAGACAUUGGAAACAAAUCAAACCAACAAUCAAUCAUAUACUACAUUAUCAGUACGUGGGACUAAAAAACUACGAACAGCAUAUGAGGAAUACCAACAGGCAUUAUUUCAAUUUGGGAAACCACCCGUUCCUGAUAAUUGGAUAAUAGAACAGCAACAAAGGUUGUCUGAUAAUAAAAUCCCAAAAGUGUAUAUACCUGAUUCAACCAAAUUUUUUGAUGACUUUGAUUUUUUAUUCCCCAUAUAUUCCAAUAGUGAAUUAGUAGAUUUAUCCAUGAUUUUUGAAACUAGUGGUUCAGAAAAAACUGAUAUUGAUCCAACAUUUAACGAUUUGAUUGAAUUGGAUAAAUUGAAACUGUUUAUGAAAUUCAACCCUAUGUUGUUAGCUGGAGAUGACCUGUCGUUAAACACAGUUUAUCAAAUGUUGUUCAACCAAUCAUAUGAAGGUAACGAAAUCAGUCAGUAUUUGAACCAACUUAGAAAUUUGGGGGUAUCGUCAUUGGCUUAUCAUCAAUUGUUAUAUGAGUCACCGAUUGAAAAGUUUGCUGGACGGGCAGUAAUUAGAGCUUGUGGAUUCCCUAGAAUUAUUAAACACAAAGAUAGACAGAGGCUAGUUGAAUUAAUGAUGGAUACUAAUAGUUUAAAUGUACUUUUCCAAUAUUUGGGAGUUGUGACGUUAAAAAAUGGAGGUCUUUCAAAGAAAAGUAUAACAAGUCUCCAAAACUAUGCAAAUAGAGAACAGAUUAAUGAAACUGGAACUAAAAAUGACGAAAUAAAAUUCAAUGUAUGUGCUAGCGUACAAAAAGCUGCAUUGGCUAAAAGAGCAAAACAUACAAAAAUAGCUGAUCAAACUUUAAAUUCAAUAAUACGAUCAUAUUCACAAUUAAACCAAAAGAAACCAAUUAAUAUUGAAGAUUUCAAGUUGAAUGAAAGACAGAAAAUCCUAUUAGGCUAUUAUAUACGUAAUGACUAUACAGUAGGUACCAAGUUUGUUGGAAUAAAUCCUGUUUUUGAUAAGGAUACCAAGAUUAAAAUAGUCAAAUUAUUCAACAAUUCAGAUAUAAAAUUGCCGAUAAUUGAAAAUAAAACCAAACCUAUAGAAAGCCCUUAUCAAUUAACAACUCCAGUGAUUAAUAACAAUUUAAUCAAUAGAAUAUUAUUACUGGAUACAGUAUGGAGCAAACUUGGACGAUCUAUUCAAGAUAAUCAAUAUGUUGGCGGUAUGAAAUAUUCUCAUUUUAUCAAUUUGGCAAUUUUAAAACAUUUAUCCAAACAAUUUCGAUCUCAACAAGACAUUUUGAGAGAAAUUUUGACUAGUGAUUCUUUUAAAAUAUAUCUUCAAGAUUAUUUGGAAAUCGAUAAUUUUAAUAAAUUUUUUGGAUGUAUGUCAGAAACUCAGAAAUUACAAUGGACGAAUGAUUUGAUGUUAAAAUUGAUUAAAAUGAUUAAACAACUUGAUCUUGUUUCAUUAGAAAGUUUUUUCCAAGAAUUCAAAUUACAAACACUUAAUUAUUCAUUUGCUAAUACCAAAGUAUCGACCACGAAACUUGAUCAAUAUUUGCAAAAUGUUUCCACCAAAGAAACAGAUAGAGAAUUUGCUCAGGAAUUAGGAUUGAAAUUUCUUAAAUAUUCAUGUGCUAAAGAACAUAUGGAUCGAGAAAUGGAUCAAUUUAUUUUUUUAAAUCAAUUGAUUUCAAAAUCAGUAACUAAAUCUCAAUUAAUAAAAAUUGGGAUAAUCGUUCAAGGGAAUAGUUUAGAAGAAAAUGAGAGAUUUAGUAAGAUUUUGAUAGAUUCAUUUGAUAUUACUGGAAUCACUAAGAGAAUAUCUAAAAAUAUCCCGGAUGAAUUAACAAGAAAGUUCUUACGAAGACUUCCUCGAGCAUCCUUAAAUCCAAAACCGUUGAAAAAUGUUUAUGAAUCUGACAUUGAUCCUAGUAUGAUCACACUACCAAAAAUUAAUUUUUAUCAUUCAUCAAAAAGAUUACAUUUGAUUAAUUAUUAUAUAUUUUUAGGGUUUAUGAAAACAAUCUAUAAUAAGGAUCAUUUUGCAAAAUUGAAAUCAUUAAAUGAAAGGAUUUCCAAAAAUGCUGAAAUAGGAGGUGCAUAUUUUGGUUAUUUAAUGUUAUAUAAAUUGGGGACAUGUAAAUAUAUUGAUAUUUGUACUAGCAAAGUAUUCAAAAGAGAUGUUUGUUUGGUCACAGGACUUGAACAACCAUUUGAAGGUCAAUAUGGUGAGGAAUAUCAUUCAUUAAUGGAAUAUCGAUGCCGUAAUGAAUAUUUAGAACUUGUCACGUUUGCUCAAAUGUUUAAUCAAUAUGUUGGAUUACUUUAUUUUAAUCAUAAGGAGGAAUUACACAUGUAUAUAGAAAAAGUAGUGAUACUGUUAAAGAAGAUUGAAUAG